AUCUACUACUUAUUCUUCGUCUAAUGAAUGCUUCGUCCCAAUCACUAUCGGGGCACGAGUACGUAAAGCAGAUCGACCACCAUCUUGAUAUACGUCUCGAGUACACUCACCAAGACGAAGCUGGUGUCGAAUGCAUUGUCACAUUUGUUAAUAAACACGAAUCCACCCUUGUUGUCAAUUCCACCCAACAUCCCCAGACACCCAAUGUCGACCUUCCCGGCAUCCUGGAGGCCUCUAUGCGUCUUUCGGAUGGUUCCCCAGGUACCACCCACCUUUUUGUUGGGUAUCUCCAGCUUUUCGGGUAUGUGGUACUCAACUAUAAGGCUGAGCUAGAUGAUAAAACAACUCUUUCCAAUCUGGACCAUGCUCCCCGAAACUCCCACUGGUGGGUCAACAAAGAGUACAUUGGCAACUUUCUGGAUCCCGACAAUGAUAUCUACGAACGGAACGAGAAGCUUGACACGGUUCCAUUCAUAUAUGACAAUUUUCAAGACCAAUUGGUUAUCGGAGGAAGAUUAGGAGGUAUCAACGACUUGGUGAUCGAGGAUGAAAAGAAGGGCACCCCCGUGACAAUUGACCUGUCACAGAGGUACUUGCUCCAGGAUUUGGUGUACAACUUCAACACUUUCAAACCCCCAUCUCCCAAAGAUAAUAUUGAAGAAGAUGGGAAAGUACCGUUGAAGACCAUAACUGAUUGUAUCAUCCCAUUUUUCUCCACCAGCCAGUCUCUAUUGUUCACCGACUUGUCGUUGGGUGCAUUUGCCUCUAAACGGUUUAUGGUCAAGUUUCCUGUUAUGCCUGAUUCACCUCCAACUUACAAUGCCAAUCUGACCGGUUUGACGGGUGAACAGGGUCUAGUCAGCAUCAGACAUCUGUUGGUGGUUGGUUUCCAAAAAUUGGACACCAACAAUCAGUUGUGUCCUGUUUCGCUUUAUUUUCCAUUGCCCAUAAAACCAGAGAGAAAAGGACGAGAUGAAAGAUGGCUUCAAGCAGAUUAUUUGCAACAUGUCACCAUUGACAAGUCUUGGAAAGCCCAGAUUAUCCCCGAUUCUUCGGAAAUGAAGAAGUCUCAUUCCCUGAUACAACAAGAGCUCGAUUUCAAUGGCCUGGAUAAGACAAAUGAACUGAAACAGGCAUUUCUUGGGGACCUAGAUAAGUUGAUCGAGGCUGAUUUGCAUAACCUCCCCAAGAUGUCCACCAGGGAGCGGAAAAAAAGUAUAAACAACAUGAAUGAACUGGAGGACAUUCAAGGGGUGGUUCCUCAAAUCCCAACCCAUUUAAAGAAACAGUACAAUUUCCUUGUGAACAAUCGCCAGCUCUGUUUGAUCACUUUCUCACGUCCGUACUAUCAUGUUGGCGAAGACUUAAUGUUCCACAUAGACCUCAGUCACGAAGAUACACAAGAGUCUACCACAAUCGUUGGUGUGAGUGCUCACCUAGAAGCUCACGAAGUUUUCCACUUAAAGGACAACCAGAAAUAUACCAAUAUCUAUGGAGUAAGUCCCAGCAUUAAGGUUAACACCCUUGCGCCUUCGAUGUUGAAUUCAGCUGUUGAACAUAAAACUGGUGCUGUGAGUAGCUAUAUUAACAUCCCCAAUUUUGCCUGCUCUCAGUUCCAGAGCUCGAAGUUCAUGGACUUGAAGUAUUUUGUGGUAUUUGAGUUUAAUCUCAUGAAACUGGACACCUCCAAUACAAAUACAAAUGGCACACGCCAGAGUCAGGAUGAUGAGCCGGUGGACCCCUUACAAGAAUCACAAGAGCUGGCGACUUUACUAGAACAAACAGAGCAUCACGAACAACCCAACGGCCACUGGCACGAAACGGACUUCCUGCUGCACAUCCAAAACUACAAGUUCAACAACUAUGGAAAUGAGUUCACUUUCAGAUUACCAGUAGUGAUACUCCCUAGCUGAGCUUAAUAACCCUGAUUCCGCCUCCUGCAUGGAGCCGAUGCUCGCUUGGAAUGUUCGCAAUUUCACCAAAACAAACUAAAUUGACUACAUGCACGAGGCUCGAAUAGGGCAUUUAAUUGCAGUUUGCGAAAAGAUUUGCACAAUCGCUCAGUUUCUGGCAACGGAAACUAUUACAAUAAAGAUGUGCGAUGAGACAAUAGGCACACAAAAUUUCUCUGGGGUGAAAUUUGUAUCUACCAAAUGUAUAAGUAGCCUUACGGGCGUCGCAAUUUUUUUCUCUCGUUACCCAGUAACAUGAAACUUUCUACACUCGCUUUAUCCUGUUUCUCGUUAUUCACAUGUAUCCAUGGAGAAACCUCAUCUCCUUCAUUCGUCGAAUACGGCGUCGAUGUGGUUGAGAGACAAUUGAGUAUCCCUUCGCUCGUCUCCAGUUUGCUCGAUGGAUUCGACGUGGCCGACAUCAUCUCGGAUGUCAACUUUGAGAAAAUCGCUGGAUGGGCUGAUGACUUGUUAAACGAAGGUGACAACAUUGAUAUCUUAGACAAAAUUUUCGUCAGCUUGAAGAACACCAAAAUUCUCCCCAAUGCCGGUGUGUACCUUGUCACACACAACCUGACGUUGCAGAUUCUUGAAGAUUCCCUUCCCACCAUAUUGCUGGUAACUGGAAACAUCAACACCACUGACUUCUGGGUGGCAUUGGAUAGAUCUGGGUUGGCGUACUCGGUGGUGGCUGGUGCUCUCGAAAGUGAUGAGUUCUUACCCUCAGUGUUGAGCAUCGCCAAAAAGUUGAUCAAGUCAGGAGGUAUCAACUUGGAAAGUCUCUUGGAACAGGCAGAGAAGUUGAUUGAAAGAGAUACCAUAUACGCCGAGUUCGAGCUGGAGGUUGAGCCCCCCAUGACAUUUGCUACCCUCUACAGAAGAGAUAACAUCGAGGAUUUGUUGGAAACGGUGAUGGAGUCGAUUGAACGAUCCGGCUUACUCAACGAUACUAUCAUGACAUUGCUCACCGAUGAAGAAUUCCAAGAUGCCACAGUGGUGCUCAUCCAAGGAGCUUUGCAGAACAUCGGCUCGCUUAUUCAAGGAUCCGACUUUUCUGCCUUGCUGCCCAUUCUUCAGUCUUUGUGGGAUUCCAACAUGUUGCAAGAUAUCUUGGAGGAAGCCUUACAAGACAAGGGUUUGAGAACGGCAUUGACCACCGAUUUGGCGUCGAUGUUGAAACAAGGAAGUAUCAAGGAAACUGACUUGGUGUCGAAGAGCGAUAAGGCGGCUAUUUUGGCCAAAGAUGAAGCCAUGUCAGCCAGUGAGGUUGAAUCUCUGGUGGCUGCUGCUUCUGCCACAGAAGCAUCUUCUUCGUCAAAAGCAUCGUCUUCAUCCACAGAAACCAGUGACUCCGAAGAUGGAGCUUCCUUGUUCCGUAGUAGCCCUGCGGCCGUGGCUCUCGGGGUGUUGGUUCCUGUGGGGAUGUUUUUAAUCUAGUUACCCAGAUCUUCGACCUUAUCUUAAUAAAUUAUUUUCGCGCAUUGA